AUGAGUAGGAGAAGAGGAAAAGAGCCCCAAGGUCAGUCUAGUGAGGGAGUCCGUGAGGCUAGAGACCCAAGGCUUGACGAUGUGAUGGAUACUCUGCGGGAAAUAGGACACAUAAUGGCCAUGCAAGAGCAGGAAAGGGCCGCCGCUUAUGCGCAGGCUGCUGAGGCUGCACCAAUAGGUGGUAAUGAAGGUAAUCAGGCCCAGCAAGGGCAGGCCCAACCCGCAGUAGCCAGGCAGAUGCCCCAGUUGGUAGAGCAAUUCUUGAAGAUGAAGCCGCCAAAAUUUAAUGGCAAGGGUGACCCCGAGGCUGCCCCAGAUUGGAUAGAGGAAUUAGAGAAGGCAUUUGAGGUGUUGGGGUGCACCGAUGCAGAGAAAGUGACGUUGGCGGCAUAUCAGUUGCAGAGUAGUGCGAAUGAUUGGUGGAAAGCCACCAAGGGUAGGGUAUUCCCGGUAGGUGCAGAAUUGAACUGGGCAGUGUUUGUCGAAAGUUUUUAUGAGAAGUAUUUCUCGGAGAACGCCCAGGAAAAGAAGUUAAUGGAAUUUAUGCGAUUACGCCAAGGUCAGAUGACCGUUGACCAAUAUGAAGCAGAAUUUGCGAGAUUGGCAAAGUUUGCCCCGACAAUGGUAGAAAGCCCACGAGAUAGGGCUAGAAGAUUCCGGGACGGAUUGAGGCCGGAUCUUCGGAGUCAGAUAUUAUCGCACGACAUUAAGGAUUAUGGAGAAAUGUAUAGGCGGGCUCAGAUUAUAGAGCGGGACCAACAAGAAAGAGCAGCUGCUUCUGGAUAG